AUGGAUGAGCAUCCCUACCCAACAGAAAUCCGCGAGUAUCUGUACAAGAUCCUCGUUAUCGGCGACCUCGGCACAGGAAAAACAUCCAUCAUCAAGCGAUACGUCCACAACAUUUUCUCCACCAACUACAAGUCCACCAUCGGAGUCGAUUUUGCCCUGAAAGUCAUUCAAUGGUCUCCUGACACCGUCAUCAGGAUGCAGCUCUGGGAUAUCGCUGGUCAAGAAAAGUUCUCUGGACUCACUAGGGUGUACUACAAGGAGGCGGUCGCAGCAUUGGUCGUCUACGACAUCACUCGACCAAAUACAUUCGAGGCAGUGCCGAAGUGGAAGGCAGAUCUGGACACUAAAGUCUGUUUACCUGAUGGACAACCCAUUCCCGUCGUCCUUCUCGCCAACAAGAUUGACCUGCAGGACGAAGCAUCUGUUGGAUUGAACGGCGAGGAAAUGGAACGGUUCUGCGAAGACAAUGGCUUUUUGAAAUGGUUCGGGACAUCGGCAAAGGAUAACAGCAACAUUGACGAUGCAGCACGGUUCUUGCUCGAGGAGAUCAUGCACAGGGAAGCAGAGCAUGCGAACCAACAGGCAAAUGACGCUGAUAGAAUCCAUCUUCACCAACCUCGUCCCAAAGAGGGAUGCUGUUAA